GAGAAGUGACAGUCGAUACUUACUGCUGUGACGAGAUGGCGGUUAUUAGGGUGGUUUUGGCGUUUCUCGCCCUUGGUGCGCGGGCGCACACAGCUGUCGUGCCGGACGCGCCAACCGUCCGCGCAGAUGACGUCACGCUCACCCUCGAGCCUAUCAUCACUGGAGGGUUCAACCUUGUGCUUACUGAAGAUGACGAACGCGUGGUCUUCGGUCAAAUAGGUAGAACUCUGGUCUCCACCUACACGCUAGAAGACAUUGAAGGUGGAAUUCUCGUGAGGAUUGGCAACGUGAACCUCACUGUGUUUACCCAGUACGAUGUCGCCAGUAAAGCAAGAGGCAUCAAGUUCAAUUGGCUGGCAGACAAGAAUACAAGGCUUGAAGACUGUAUUGAUUUUGGUACCAAGCACUGGUACGGCGGCCCCAUGCAAGUAGACCAAGUCUACCCAAUCGAGACUGCCACACAAGUGUAUAGACCCAGCUACAUCACCGAGGAUGACAACGGCGCCAUCAUGGAGAGAUACUGGCUCAAUUCCGCUGGAGAGUACAUCAUCGUCCACGAGAAAGUCCCACUCUUCGUGGAUUACAAGAACAUUGUGAACAACCACAUCUGCUUUGGAGCCCAACUAGCAGCCCCAUACACUUCUAACAGACCACGCAACAUCUUGGCUUACGACAUCUGGUUCUUGCCGAACGUUAAAGAAGCACAUAAGCAUGCCAUCUCCCACUAUUUGGGUAAACCAUCAGCGACACCGGACUACCGAAUGGUUCAGCACCCAAUCUGGUCAACCUGGGCUCAGUACUCCAGAGAAAUCAACGAGUCGAAGCUUCUAGACUUCGCUCAGCAGAUCAUUGAUAACGGAUUCGAUAAUUCCCAGUUUGAGAUCGAUGACCAAUGGGAGACGUGUUAUGGAACUAUGGAAGUAAAUGAAGAGAAGUUCCCAGAUUUUAAGAAGACUGUACAGGAUAUUAAGGCACUGGGGUAUCGUGUCACGAUUUGGGCGCAUCCGUUUAUUAACAAGAACUGUGAUCCUCUAUACUCAACCGCAUUAGAUAGAGGGUACUUCGUAAUCGACGAGGCUUAUGAGACAGACACGAACUGGUGGAACAACAACGGCAGCAUUGCUGGCUACAUCGACUUCACUAACCCGAAGGCUGCCGACUGGUACCAUGACCGACUGAAGGCUGUGCUCGACACCUACGACAUUGAUAGCGUCAAGUUUGAUGCUGGAGAGUCGAGUUUUGCACCUGAGAUAUCAAUCCAAACUGGAGACAUUGAGCUUCAACCUCACCAUCUCGUUCAGGAGUACGCCAAAGUAUGCGCCAGAUUCGGAGACAUGGUCGAGGUUCGGGCUGGUUUCAGGACCCAAGACCUCCCAAUCUACGUGCGCAUGGUAGACCGCGACAGUAUCUGGGGGCUGAACAACGGCCUUUCCACCAUCAUCACCACCACCUUGCAGAUGAACCUGAACGGCUACCCCUUCGUACUCCCUGACAUGAUUGGGGGGAACGGGUAUAAUUUGGACCAUGAGCAGGCAGACCUGCCUACUAAAGAGCUGUUUAUAAGAUGGGUGCAGGCUAAUACAUUCCUUCCUGUUAUGCAGUAUUCCUUUGCUCCUUGGAACUUUGAUGAAGAGACUGUAACCAUAAGCAAGAAGUAUACAGACCUUCACGCGCAGUAUGCUGACGUGAUCUUCCACGCGAUGGAGACGGCCGUGGCUGAUGGUACGCCGGUGAACGCGCCUCUUUGGUGGAUCGCUCCUACUGAUGCCGAGGCCUUCGUUAUUUGGGAUGAAUAUCUUCUCGGUGAAUCAAUCCUAGUAGCACCUGUGUUAACUGAAGGAGCUAGAUCUCGGGACAUCUACCUCCCUGCUGGUACCUGGUACGAAGAAGGAGACCGGGAAAGGGUUGUCGAAGGUCCCACAUGGCUUAGAAACUACCGAGCACCGUUGGACGUGCUUCCAUACUUCAUCAGAGAUACUACGAAGAUUGCUGACUCUAGCGUAUCUCUUUACACUUCUGUUGCCCUGGUACUUUUAGGUUUGAUCGCUAAUGUUGUUAAUGUUAUGUAGUUUGUAAGGGUAUUAAUUUAAUAAAGUGUAUAUUUUUUAA